ACAUUCUCUCAUUCCCAUUUCCCACCCCUUGCUUUUUGCCCUCCUCCUCUCCGCCUUUCUCUCCCACACAGACAUGCAGAUGCGCACACGCUUGCUCUCCAUCCCCCUCUCUUUCUUUCCCUCCACAUCCUCUCCCUUUCACCAGCAGCGACACACAGCAUCCUCUUUCUUCCCGAGCCCGUGGAUCCUUUGACUCGACUAAUUAGCCCUGAAGAUCAUCAUCUUCACGGCAGCAACAAAGCAGCGGACUGCAGACAGAUCUAGGUGCAGGGUGUCUGGCACGAGCCUGUUUUCUCUUCACUCUCAGCCUCUUGGACUUUUUAGUGAUCCAACCGCAGAAGUAAGAGGAGGUUCUGCCCGUGAAGAAAUCCCGAGAACAAAUCACAGCAUGGGAAAAUCCUAGUGGAGGCGAGGACUUGACGGAGGCUCUGCAGGUGACAGCUCGAAACAAACGGGGGUUAAAGAUGAUCGACACACGGCUGGUGGCCCAGAGGCGAGAGAUGAAACUUCUGGAGGACAGCGGCCAGCAGAAGACCAGCACCUACAUUGUGCCCUGCUUUCUCCUCGUCGAGUUGGUCAUCAUGGCAGGGACUGUUUUGCUGGCGUACUACUUUGAGUACACGGACACCUUCCCCGUGCACAUCCAGGGCUUCUUCUGCUUCGACAAAGCCUACUCCAAGCCGUACCUGGGACCGGAGGACUACAGCAAGGCGCCGCCUGUCCUCGUCUACUCCCUCGUUACCGCCAUCCCCACUGUGACGAUUCUGAUUGGAGAAGUGACCGGUUUCUUUGUCAAGUCCGAGGCGGCUCAGGAGAAGACCAUCGUGACCGCCGACUGCUGUUAUUUCAACCCUCUUCUUCGGAGGAUCGUGCGCUUUCUGGGUGUCUACUCCUUCGGCCUCUUCACGACCACCAUCUUCGCCAACGCGGGUCAAGUGGUGACAGGAAAUCAGACGCCUCACUUCCUGACGACCUGCAAGCCCAACUACACGGCUCUGGGGUGCCAGUCCUCGCUGCAGUACAUCACCGAGCAGCGCGCCUGCACAGGGAACCCUUACUUGGUGGCGUCCGCCCGGAAAUCCUUCCCGUCCAAGGACGCGGCGCUCAGCUUUUACUCGGCCGUCUACACCGUGAUGUACGUGACCCUGGUGUUCCGCACCAAAGGGACCCGUCUGACCAAGCCGACGCUGUGCCUGGUGCUGCUGUCUCUGGCUGUGCUCGUGGGGGUGGUGAGGGUGACGGAGCACAGGAACCACUGGAGUGACGUCCUGGCUGGGUUUGUCACCGGAGGCGCCAUCGCCGCCUUCCUGGUUUCCUGUGUGAUCAACAACUUCCGGCCGGCCCAAACGGCGGGGCCGAGCCCUCCUGCGCCUGCGGCUCCGCAUUCUUCGGAGACCUCGGCCGGUAUCCCCCUGCUCAGUCUGCCUCGUGUUGAGAGUCCACUCGAAAAGUUAAGUGGCCACCAGACUCCAGGGAUACUGUAUUCUGAGAUCACAUGACCAUCAGCCAAUCCCGCGCCCCACCCCUGUGCACCAUCCCCUCCGGCGAUGCCUCACCAGCUCAGUCUAGACCUGCCCGGCGACAGCGCCCCGUCUUGCCCCGCCCACCGGGGGGUGCGGCUUUCUCUCCGUCGGGUGAAGUCCACCCAGGUGUGAAGGUCCCACGGACUGUACUUCUUUGCGAGACGGGCACACCUGGUCUUGUAGAGACGAGUGGACGAAAGGCUGAAUGGAAGCCAGCGCUGUUGAAGCAAUACAUGGCCGCCUCCUCCCUGGUCCCCACAAAGACUUGUUGACCAGUGGAUCUCACUCAGGACUGUUCACUGUGGGGAAGGAGGAUUCAAAGUCAACAAAACGCUGCUUCAAGACAGCACUUUUUUUAAGUCCAGGGGUGUCCAAACUUUUUCCACCGACAAAAACUCCAAUAUCCUUAAUGAAUCAUUUCAUCUUGAUUAAUUAAACACGCUAAGAUCCGCCAAUUGUUGGUCAAUAUAUGCUAAGCUGUGAAAUAAAUGUAAAUAAAAAUAAAAAUGGUACUACUAUUGUUUUUAUUUCGUCAACUAAAUUGCCUUUUCAAACCCGCUGGAAAAACGUACCAAAUCUUUGCGAGCGCGCGUGUUCUAGCAACCCGUGGCCGCCAUGACGGGACGCACGAAAAUCAUGGAAGACCAUAUACUGUAGAGACACACAGGAAGUCGGCCAUUUAGGUUCGCAGGUGCCCUUUUUUGGGCGGGGAAUUUGGGCCGUCUGCGUUUUUUCUUUGUUUUGUGUGUAACGUUCAAAUGGUAUUUAUUAAGCCAGGAUUUAGCAUUUAUCACGUAGUUUUGUGUUUACUUUCACCAUCCAAAAAUCACCCAAAAACCUAAAUCUGCGUUAGAUAUAUAUAUAUAUAUAUAUAUAUAUAUAUAUAUAUAUAUAUAUUAUAUUAUAUUUUUUUUUAUUUUUUUUUUUAAUGUAAAAGUGUCUACAAAGUGUAGGGAUGAACGGUUAAUCGUACUUAACAGUACUUUUUUUGUGUGUUCAGGUGGUAAAAUAAAAGCUAACUUUUUAAAAUAAUAAAUAUAUAUUUUUUAUUUAUAUUUAACCACUGAGCACAGCUGUUAUAUCUUAGAGGGUUUUCCUAGUUGUGUUGCCAUGGCCAGUAAGUAGUAAUAAUAAAAAAGAAUACAUUUUAUUGGUAAAAAGCACUUUACAUUGAGUAAACAAUAGGGGUGUGGGAAAAAAUCGUUUCGAAUACGUUGUGCGAUUCAGAAUCGAUUCUCUUUUUUUUUUUUUUAAAUCGAUUUUUUUUUUUAUCAAUCCAACAAACCACUACACAGCAAUGAAUACAGAAAUGUUUUGAAUCAGAAAAAUUUAGUUUUGAAUCAAGAAUCGAAUCGAAAAAAAAUCGAUGUAUUAACGAAUCGUGACCCCAAGAAUCGAUAUUUAAACAAAUCGUGGGACACCAAAGAUUCGCAGCCCUAGUAAACAACCUCAAAGUGCUACAGUGUAUUAAAAAAAAUAAAAAUAUAAUAAAAAUAAAAACUAUAAUGUUUAGUCUUUGCCAUUAGGUUUGAAUGUGCCAGUCUUGUCUUUUGUUGAGCCUUACAAAGUGUUUACACUGUAAAUAUUGUAUUUAUUACAGUUACCUUGGUUGAAGUUUCAAUUUGCAAAUUUGGAGGCGUUGAACUGGCCAUGUAAAAUAGCUAAUACUAAUCAGUAGCACGCAUACGGCAUUUUCAAUGUAAAUUAGCAUCAUUGGGAAAGAGAAGCCUUACUUUAGGGCGCUUUCUAUCAAGCAGGCACUGAAAAAUUGCUACAUUAGCAAGAGGCUGUCCGCUACAAAUGACAGCACACGCAAUAAAAGGUAUUGAAAUAUGUCACUGAUUGACUUUACCUAAAUCCGUAGUACCGAUGGAAUUCAGUACCCGUCCCUAAACAAGUUUAAUAAUCCCUUUUAACUUAUGAUGCAUACAUGUAUGAAAUAUACAAACUCAUGAACACAUUUAGCAAACAAAAGUCACUGUAGUGAAAUACUGAUUAUAGGUACUAACUUCCUGUACUGUGUUAUGUACACAACACAUGUUUUUUGUAGUGUUUACUUCUGUAGCUGUAUGUAGAAAUAGUGCCUGUUAAAUGGCAGCGGGUUGCAUCAGCUCUGUGCUCUCUUAAUGUCUAUAAUGUUCUUUGACGUUUCCCUCUAGUUUUCAUGUGUUUCUACCUUAGGUUUUGUGUACUUCUUGUAUCGACCACAUAAAUAAAGUCGAUCUUACCCUAAAUAAAGUGUUCCAUUCCAAGAAUACUGUUUUACAGUCACGCCUGAGAAGGAAUUUCAAAGCCAUGAUGCGUUAGUUGGUCACUUGAUGGCAGUGUUUGCUUAUCUUCCCGCCCAAACAGCUGCUCAUGCUUUUUUUGUUUGUUUGGUUUAAUAUCGUCAAUAAGAUUGCGGCGUCAUGUUUUAUGUUUCAUACCAACGAUCGAAAAAAAUCACAAUUUUCAUCAUAAAUCCGGUUUCGCCGAACCAAUUUUCGCCGUUUAAAGAUUUGUCUGCAGUUUGAAGUCGGCACUUGGCGUCCGUUGCAAGGUUCUCUGCACGAUAUGUUCUGGGCCCAAAAAAUAAAAAAUAAAAAUAUAAAAAUAAGCAAAUUGCGCUUUGGACACCCCUGCUUUUACCGAAAUGUGAUUUCAUUUUUCAUUUUUUUUUAAGGAAAGCACUCAUUAAGUUUGUUUUGGGAGUGGCUUAAUAUUGUCUGGGACAACGCCAACAAUACCCAAGUUCACGCACGUGUUCCUUCUUUUCCAGCUAAAUCAAAAGCGGCGUCUCGGACCAACAUGUGUAAGUUUUGUACAGUAGACUAAGGGUUUCUUUACACACUAUAUGAUCAUUAUUACUGUCUUUACGUUUAGUGUGAGAUGGAAAUGUUCAAGGGGCCCGGGCCUCGAUCUCACAUGAUGUUUGUACUCUUGUGUAUUUAAACUGCAAUAGUUUGGUUUUCUGGGGGUUGCUGAAGACCAUGGUCACUGGUUCUUGACAGCUGUUCUCUGAGCAGGAUAGGGCCCCUUAUUCAGUUUAGGACUAAGGGAAAGAGUGUAUUGAGGUUUUGUAGUGUGUGUGUGCGUGUGUGUUAAUAAGCACAUUGAACAAUAGCACAGCUGUUAUUUAUCCGUUUUCUUAAGGUAUACAGUGGGGCAAAAAAGUAUUUAGUCAGCCAUCGAUUGUGCAAGUUCUCCCACUUAAAAUGAUGACAGAGGUCUGUAAUUUUCAUCAUAGGUACACUUCAACU